GAAAGGUAGGUUUAGUAACCUAGUAACAAAAGAAACUACAUAUAUAUAGGAUGUCCAACACAUUUUCACAAGCACCCUUCAUAAGCAGAAAAGGUGCUCUCAAACCAAAGAGGCCGCGAAAACGAUCAGUUUGUGCUGCAAACGAGCUCUAUGAUUCUAGUGGGUUUAGAUAUUAAUUAGCAAUAUCUUAGUUUGAUCCUGGAAUUACCAUGCUUAAAUCCUCUGAGCCUCAGCUCCCAGAUUGCAUCUACCAAAACCAGCCCGUAUUAAUCUGCCCGGCCCGCCCCACUCCCAAUCACACGCUAUACCUUUCCAAUCUCGAUGAUCAGAAAUUCCUCAGAUUCUCGAUCAAAUAUCUCUACGUUUUCAGAAAAUCGCUCGACGCUGAAACCCUAAAGACCUCGCUCUCGCGGGCUCUCGUCGACUUCUACCCGCUCGCUGGGAGACUGCGCCGGCGCGUCGCAGACGACGAUCGCAAGCUCGAGGUCGACUGCAACGGAGAAGGCGCUGUUUUCGCUGAAGCAGCCAUGGAUUUCAGCUGCGACGAGUUUUUUGAGUUUGCCGGAAAGCCAAACAGGGCCUUAAUGAGGAAACUCUUGUACAGAGUUGAAGCUCCAGAUUUCUUGGAUAUUCCGCCUCUCAUAAUUCAGGUGACGAAUCUCCGAGACGGGGCAGUGAUUCUGUGCACCGCAAUCAAUCACUGCAUCUGCGAUGGAAUCGGGACAUCACAGUUUCUACAUGCGUGGGCCCAACUCCAGCAAUCCGCAGCGUCCAUGAAUGAUGUAUCAAUCACAGCGGUCCACUCCCGCCACGUGUUGGAACCCCGGCGGCCUCCACAAGUAACCUUGGCACACCCGGGAUUUACCAAGAUUGCCCCCGAAACGCAAGCGGGGCCCAACGUCUUCGAGUUCUUACAGUCGCAGCGGCUGGUGACGUCAUCCGUAACAUUCCCGGCAUCCCAGAUCGUGCACCUGAAAAGACAUUGCUACCCCUCGCUAAAAUGCACGACCUUCGAGGUGCUGGCGUCCCACACGUGGCGCAGCUGGGUGCGGUCGCUGGGGCUACCCCCCUCAUUCGAGGUGAAGCUCCUCUUCUCCGUCAACAUCCGGAACAAGAUGCAGCCGGAGAUGCCGCAGGGGUAUUACGGGAACGGGUUCGUGCUAGCGUGCGCGGAGGCCAAGGUUAAGGAGCUUAACGUGCACCACGGGGUGAAGCUGGUGCAAAACGCGAAAUCAAUGAUCAGUGACGAGUACGUUCGAUCCGUGAUUGAUUUGUUGGAUGAUGGAAAUGUGAGGACGGAUUUGUCGGCGAGUUUGGUGAUCUCGCAAUGGUCGAAGCUAGGGCUGGAAGAUUUGGAUUUUGGGGGAGGGAAGGCUCUUCACAUGGGACCUUUAUACAGUGAUAUCUACUGCUUGUUCUUGCCCGUGGCCGGAGAGAUGGACGCAGUUAGGGUUGUUGUGUCCAUGCCUGAGAGCGUAGUCGAUAAGUUCGAGUUUUACAUGGCUCAAUUUGAUGCUGAUGGCCUUGUUGCCAAGAAUCACUAUGGAGUAGAUCAUUUCAAGAUGGUUUCUGUUUGACCUACUUUUAAUUCUAUUUUCUCAUUCAAAAUAUAUGCUAAAAUGUCCAAUCAUUUAUCAACUCUUUGUAUGUCAUCAAAUGCAGCAAGUUAAUUUGGAGUGUAUUUAUGUCUGUCCAUUUAAUACGUAUAUUUGAGACAAGUUUGUAUGUCAAA